AUGAAUUGCUGGGGCCCUCCUUGGCCGUGCGACAGACCCUUAGCAGUUAUAAUUGACGAGAACAGAACAGAACAGAAAAAGAAGAAAAGAGAAGAAGAAGCCAGAAUAAAGCAGCUUCAAGCGGAAGAAGAGCUUAAGAGAGUGGAAGAAGAAGCGAAGCUGAAGCAGUUAGAUGACGAACAGCAGUAUCUGAAGCAGAAAUUUAACUUGUUGAUGCAGCUAGAGGACGAAAAGGAUCCAUCCAGCAAGCGCAGCGGAGUAAGCGUAAAAAGUAAACGAAGCGGAAUAAGUGUGAAGAGUAAGCGUGACCAGUUGGAGAAUUGGUUGAAGGGAGUUAAGUCAAACGAAGUUGGACAGUCGAAGUCAUCGUCGUUAGCACAGCAAACUAGCCUACCGGUUUACACAGUCAGUGAACCGACCCAACUGUCAACAGUGGUCAACAAACCGCUAUCUUCUGCCGUUUCAAUACAAGUUACGGAUUCUUCAAAUGCAGACGGAUGUUGCUCGUAUACUGCUGUAAACGUUCCAACUUUGGCGAAAUCCUACGAACAACUGUUGGGACAAGGUGUUACAUUGUUAGCGGAACGAACAACGAGAAAUUUGCCGUUAGUUUCUUCAGAGUCGGUAUUGCAACAAGAAACACCUAUAGUUUCGGAUCGACCAGCAGUCUCCUCAGCAAUUAUUCCGGGAAUGCCAAGUCGCCAAGUGGGGAAUUCAAAUAAUAGAUGUUUGCCAAUCACUACAGUUCCUGGUGUCAAUACAGUUGUUUCAGCUCCAUUCGACUUUGCGUCUCGAGUCUCGAUAGGAGCAAGUGGCCGAGUUCCAACAACAUACGGGAGUCAUCCGUAUUACACCGCCCCGCCACUAUCGUAUGCACCCACGUAUGCGUUAGCUUCUAGAGUUCCAGAAAAUUCGACAGUUUUCAACGGAUACGGACCAUACGCGAACCCAGUGCAAUCCACAUCAGCAAGUACAUUGGGACCACCCGCAGUGGGGAAUGGAUCGCUCGGAUCAGGAGUUAGUGGGGCUCUAAACAUCGUUUCAGUGGGACCAACAAGUGCACAGUUAGCGGCUCGUCAAGUAAUGCCGCGAGAGCUACCAAAGUUUAACGGAGACCCACAAGAGUGGCCGAUUUUCUACAGUUCUUUCAAGAAUACGACGGAAGUUUGUGGAUACAGCGAAGCGGAAAAUUUGGCCAGGUUACAGAGGAGUUUGGGAGGUUCGGCUUUGGAAGCGGUGCGAAGUCGGUUAUUACUACCGGCAUCCGUCCCUUAUGUGAUGGACACGCUUUAUAAACUAUACGGUCGGCCAGAAAUACUGAUCAGUUCUCUUCUGAAGAAGGUGCGAAAUGUAUCUCCACCCAAAUCGGAAAAUCUUAGCACGAUUGUCACCUACGGCUUGGCUAUUCAGAACCUGGUCGACCAUAUUGUCCUGGCAGAUCAACAAGCGCAUUUAUCGAAUCCAAUGCUACUCCAAGAAUUAGUCGAUAAACUGCCUACCUCCAUGAAGAUGCAGUGGGGAACAUAUAAGCAAGCACAUGUUAUCGUCAACCUGGCGACGUUUAACAGUUUUAUGUCAGGUCUUGUCAAUCUGGCGACCGAGCUAACCAUCGAGGGGGAUUCAGCUCAAAAUCACCGGCAAGUCAGGCACGAAAAGGUGAAGCAGAAGGAAAAACUGUUCACCCAUGCGAAUAAGUCGCUGAAUACGGCCGAGAUAGAAAAGGAGCCUUUAAAGGAAGUCUGUGUUUCAAAAUCCUGCUCGUACUGUGGGAUGGACACUCAUCAAAUCCUACACUGUUCCAGUUUCAAAUCUUUGGACAUUGGGGCAAGAUGGAAGGCAAUGCGUCAGAAGAACUUGUGUCGGUUAUGUCUGGUACCUCAUCGGAAAUGGCCCUGUCGGUCUAAAAAAGAAUGCGGUCUGGAUGGCUGUCGUAUUCGUCACCACAUGCUACUCCACACUAGUCCACCUUAUCGUGGUGGUCCUGCUGAAUCAGCGAGGACAGUCGAGACGGUGCACCAUAAUCUCCACCAUACGAAGUCGUAUUCCUUGUUCCGAUACCUACCUGUUACGAUUUUCGGAAAUGGAAAGCAAGUUGAAACCUAUGUAUUUCUGGAAGAUGGAUCAUCUUCGACAUUGUUAGAAGAAGCUAUUGCUGUUCAGCUAGGAAUCGAUGGUGAACCCGACAGUCUUUGGUUAGGCUGGACAGGAAAGAUCGGAAGACAAGAAAAGAGCUCCAGAAAAGUCAGCGUUAAGAUUUCCGGCAAAGGCAAAGGAGAAUCGUUCCAGUUAGAAAACGUACGUACUGUACGCGAAUUAGGACUUCCUACUCAGUCCUUGAAUUACAGCGAACUUUCAAAAAUAUAUCCGCACCUUCAAUGCCUUCCAGUCAAAAGUUUUGAAAAUGCAAAACCUGGCAUGAUUAUUGGCAUCGAACAUGUGCAUUUACUCACGAGUCUGAAGAUUCGUGAAGGUAGUAGAAACGAACCAGUUGCUACAAAAACUCGACUCGGAUGGUGUAUCUACGGAAGGAACUCGGGAAUUGAAGAAGGCAUAGAGCGGUUGAACCUGCAUGUCGAUAUGAGCAACAGUGAACUAUAUGACGCAAUGAAAAAGUUUUUUGCCGUUGAGGAAACCGCGGUGUCGAAGUCCUUGGAGUCCGAAGAAGAUCAGCGGGCACGCCGUAUUUUGGAAACAACAACAGUUCGGCGAGGAUCUAGAAUGGAAUCUGGCUUGCUGUGGCGCAAGGACAAUCCACACUUCCCGGAAAGUUUCAAGAUGGCAAUGAGCAGACUCCGCGGGUUAGAGAAACGGUUGGCGAAGGACCCGGAAUUACAGAAAAGGGUGAUUGAACAAAUAAAGAGCUUCGAGCAGAAACAGUACAUCAGAAAGACGACGGUAAGAGAGAUGGCCGACAUAGACCCUCAGCGAAUUUGGUACUUACCUUUGGGGAUAGUAAUCAAUCCCAAGAAACCCGGUAAGAUUCGCAUGAUCUGGGAUGCGGCAGCAAAAUCUGGCGGUAUCAGCUUCAACGAUAUGCUGCUCAAAGGCCCGGAUCUCCUUGUGUCAUUAGUGGACGUCAUGCUACGCUUCAGACAAGGCAAAGGGCGAAGCCAGAACAGAUUGUCGCAAUGCUUUCUUAGGAGAAGUAGUCCGGAAGAAGACGUACAAAUCUACAUGAUCAAUGUCGCUAUGUUUGGUGCAACGAGUUCUCCCUGUACGGCACAGUUCGUAAAGAAUAAAAAUGCUCUCGAUUACGUUGAUCUGUAUCCCAGGGCGGUAGAGGCAAUAACCAAAAACCACUACGUGGAUGACUUUCUGGACAGUGUCAACUCGGUAGAAGAAGCAGUGGAACUAGUACGGCAAGUUACCGUUAUUCACGCAGCAGCAGGGUUCCAUUUUGGGAAAAUACUGUCCAACAGUCAAACUGUACUGGAUGAGCUGGGGGAAACAGAAUCACCUAUCAGUAAAUCACUAAACCUGGAUAAAGAGGGAACCCACGAACGCGUACUUGGUGUAGUCUGGGUUCCGGCAGGUGAUUAUUUUACAUUCAACCGGAACGGACUUGAGGACGUUCUCGCUACCGAAAGCACGAUCCCAACAAAGCGUCAGGUCCUGCGUAUCGUCAUGAAACUGUAUGAUCCCCUAGGAUUUAUUGCGCACUUCAUCGUGCAGGGAAAAAUACUGAUGCAGGAAAUCUGGCGAUCUGGUACAGCCUGGGACGAGCCAAUCAAAGAACAGUUACACGAUCUGUGGACGAGGUGGACCGAACAGUACAAGGAAAUCAUCGAAGUGAAUGUUCCUCGCUGUUUCCUCGGAGAUGUUUUGCCGCAGCAAGUCAACGAUAUACAAAUUCACGUUUUCACGGACGCUAGCGAGACCGCCUGUGCGUGCGUGGCUUAUCUGCGAAUAACAGUUAGCGGAGAGAGCAAAUGUUCACUGAUAGCAGCGAAAACAAAGGUCGCGCCACUUCGCGCGCUAUCUAUUCCUCGUUUGGAACUGCAAGCGGCCAUGAUGGGAUCCCGCCUAAUACAGAAAAUCUGCUUGGCACUUACAAUCAACAUCCGAAAACGGUUCCUGUGGACAGAUUCAGCAACAGUUCUCGCGUGGCUUCGCUCCGACAGUCGUCGGUACCACCAGUUUGUAGCGUUUCGUGUUGGCGAAAUACUGUCUCUAACCAAUGUCGACGAGUGGCGUUACGUUCCCUCUCGCGAAAACGUUGCGGAUGAUGCAACGAAAUGGAAUACCGGACCUUCAUUUGAUUCGAAUUGUCGUUGGUAUCAAGGUCCUUCAUUCCUUCAGGAUCCAGAGAACCAGUGGCCAGCGGAGGGGUCAGGAGAUCUAGCUGACAGGGACACGAAUUUAGAAGAAGUUCGGAUCGUUGCCGUACAUCGAACAGUCGAGGAACUUGUAGAGGUUCAACGUUUCUCUAACUGGAACAGGUUGCUGCGUGCAAUGGCAUACGUACACCGAGCAGUCGCUGUAUGGAAGAACUCACCGGGAGAGAGGAGAUCGCUCAAUGUUCCGAGUCAAGGUGCGUUUGCGAAAGCAGAAGUGUCACUGUGGCGACUGGCUCAAGCACAAGUGUAUAAGGAGGAAUUCCAUAUGUUAAGUGAAAAACGCAGUAUACCGAAAGGAAGCUCACUACGUACGCUGUUACCGUUCGUGGACGAAUAUGGAGUCAUACGAGUAGGGGGUAGGAUAGACAACGCACCAAAUAUUCCCUACGAAACAAAGCACCCAGUCGUAUUGCCUAGAAACCAUCGAAUCACAUACCUUGUUGUGCUAAGUUUCCACCAGCGAUUCCUUCAUGCCAAUAGCGAGACAGUUUGUAACGAGUUAAGGCAGCAGUUCUACAUUUCGAAAAUGCGAGCCGUAGUACGCAGUGUGUGCCGUAGCUGUCAGUACUGUAAGAUCAAGAAGACAGCUCCAGUACCUCCACUGAUGGGACCGCUCCCAAAGGUUCGCCUGACACCGUUCAUCCGACCAUUUACUUAUGUAGGCGUGGAUUAUAUGGGUCCUUUUGAAGUGAAAGUCGGGCGCAGUCUAGUGAAAAGGUGGAUAUGCUUAUUCACAUGUCUUACAGUAAGAGCAGUCCAUCUGGAACUUGCACACAGUCUAUCCACAAAUUCCUGCGUUAUGGCGUUCCGAAGAUUUGUCAACCGUCGAGGAGCUCCGCUGGAAGUGUUCUCUGACAACGGGACCAACUUUGUGGGUGCCAGCCGUCAAUUGUCGGAGGAAAAGCAGAGGAUCAGAAACAUCAACAACGACUGUGCGGCCACGUUCACGAAUGCUAGGACACAAUGGCAUUUCAACGUUCCUGCUGCUCCCCACAUGGGAGGACCGUGGGAGCGCAUGGUAAAGUCAGUCAAAGUAGCGAUGAAAUCAGUAUCAGACAGUAUGUACCAUCCAAGCGACGAAGUGCUAGAAACAAUAAUGCUGGAAGCGGAAGGAAUAGUGAACAGUCGUCCGUUGACCUAUGUUCCACUAGAGGCAGCGGACCAAGAAUCCCUGACUCCGAACCAUUUCUUGCUGUACGGAUCAAGCGGUAUCAAGCAACCAACGGUGGAUCAGUCAGGUAGCAGAAACGUUCUACGAGACAGCUGGAACAUAGCUAGAGGAAUGGUUGACGGGUUUUGGCGCAGAUGGAUAUUGGAAUACCUUCCAAUGUUGACACGAAGAACUAAGUGGUUUGAAAACGUGAAGCCGCUGGAGCCAGGAGACUUAGUAGUUAUAAUUGACGAGAACAGCCGAAACAGCUGGGAACGAGGACGCAUUCUGGAGGUUUUUCCCGAUAAGUCAGGCCAAGUAAGACGUGCAAAGGUACAGACUGCUCGGGGAGUAUUCGCUAGACCCGCAGUCAAGCUCGCACUCCUGGAUGUUUCUGGAGCCGGUAUGCAGACAGAUGGCGUCGCUCCUGACACGGAAGUGGUUCACGGGUCGGGGGAUGUUACCGGCAACACUGUCGACGGUCGAAUCGGUUGUGAAACCACUGUCGGAUCCCUCGCGACUGAUAGUCUACCAUCAAGUGGAAUGACAGAUCGCGAAAGAAGAGUGUCAGAUAACACUCGGGCGGCAACGAAACGAACAGCUCGCAGUUAG